AUGUCAGUCACAUACAUUAUUUUCUUUUUGAUCGUUUUCUGUAAUACAUAUUGCAGUGCCAUGCAUCUUACCAGCACUAAUCAACAUGAUAUCAAGUUGGUGAAUAAACCACAUUUCUCAAUCAAGACUGAUGACAUAAAAGUUCUUGAAUCCUUACAAAAUAAUUUUCGAACGAUGAAUGAAGGAAAAAAGGUGAAGACUUUGUUGGUCAAUAAUCAAAAGUCAAGAAAAGAAAGAUGCAAUAACCAAAAAAUGCUCAAUGCCAUGAGAAAAGAUUUGGUUGCUUCAGAAACCAAAACUCUUGGCUCAGUUUAUAGGAAAGUUCCUCGCAAGAUAGCUAGGGAGAGAUUUUCUGAAUUUAAUUUGGACUAUUCACUACCCAAAGUUCAUCCUCCUUCAAAUAACUAA